CAGACCCGCGGCUGGAGGCGCAUCCCGGGCGAGGCGAAGGAGCUGGUGCGGGCACGGGAGGGCGGUGCCAGGGCGAGGCGCGCCGGGCCACGGUGGGGGGAGCUGAGCGUCCCGGGAGCGGCGCCGCGGGCUGUGAGGAGGGGGCGCGCGCGCCCUGCGGUGCUCCGCGGUGCAUCGGUUCCCGGCGCGGGGUCGCGGCGGCAGCGGCGGCGGGAGGCGCGGGAUGCGGACUCCGGCGGCGACGGCGGCGCGGGCCCGGCAGGACGCGGGAGGAUGAAGAGGAGGCCGGCAGUCCGGCCGCGCGGCGCCGGGAGGAGGCGCAGGCGGCGGGGGCGGCGGCGGGCGGCGGCGGGCGCGCGGGGCGCGGGCCGGCUCGGGCGCGGAGGAUGAAGUGGAGCGUCCGCGGGGCCUGCGCCGCGCUCUCCUCCUGCCUCCUGCUCGCCUGCGCGCUCAGCGCCGCCGCCGUCGGCCUCAAGUGCUUCUCGCUGGGUUCGGAGCUGCGCGGGGAGCCGUUCCGGUUGGGGGCAGCCGCCGGCGCCUUCUACUCAGGACUGCUGCUGGCUGCCGGCCUCUCGCUGCUCGGCGCUGCCCUGCUCUGCUGCGGGCACCGAGAUGCGCCCCUCGCAGGGCCGGGCCCGGGGCUGGGGCCGUCCGCGGCCGCGCCGGGGGCUCCGGAGGCCGCGCCAGGCGAGCCGGGGCCAGGGCCGGGGUCGGUGGCAGUGGCAGUGGAGCCCGCGGCACCUGGGCGCGGCCAGAACCUGCUGCUGUUGGGCGUGCUGGUCUUCAUGCUGGGGGUCCUGAGCGCCUUCGCGGGCGCCGUGAUCGACGGGGACACCGUGUCCCUGGUGGAACGCAAGUACUCCCACUACUGCCUGCCCCCGCGCGCGCCCGCCGCCGCUGCCCCCGGCCCAGGCGCGCCGCGCGCCCGCGCUGCCCUGGACAGCGCCACGUCCGCCAAGUGCCGGCAGCUCAAGGACUACCAGCGCGGCCUGGUGCUCUCCACCGUCUUCAACUCGCUCGAGUGCCUGCUGGGCCUGCUCAGCCUCCUGCUGGUCAAGAGCUACAAGUCCUCGCAGGCCCGGCGCGGCCGGCACGGCCGGCGGCGGGCUGGCCGGGUCCUGGCACGGCCGCGCAACGGCAGCGGUGGUGGCGGCGUCGGCCCCGGGCUCCGCGUGCAAACGCCGGCUUCCCGGGCGCGGAGGGGCCGGCGCGGCCGGCGGGGGCGGCGGCUGCAGCCGCGGCCGAGCGAGGCCUGCAUCCUGGCCCCGGAGGAGUCGGACCUGGCCAACCCCGGAGACUGCCCGGCCUUUGCCGCGCUGCACGCCGUCUCCUACAUCAACGUGAGCGCCCUCCACGCGUGCGAAGAGGCGGGCGUGGAGGUGCGUUGCGGAGGGCAUCCGUCGGUGGAGCUGCCCGGCUACGCUCCCUCGGACCCCGACCUCAAUGCCUCCUACCCUUACUGCUGCCGGCCGCCCUGCGAGGUGGCGCGCCCCUGGGAGCCAGGCCGGGUCUGCUGAGCGCCCAGGCGGCCGCGCCCCCGGGCCAGGGAGGGGGGCGCUCCUGUGUCUCGGUGUCGGGUCCCGUGCUGGCGUCCGCGGUCGCGGGGCUUGGCUGGCGCGGACGGAACCGGAGCUGGCCGCGGCUCGCGCAGUGGCCCCUUGUCCACGGAUGUGCCUGCUUCUGUCCGCUCUUUCUUACCGUCCCGCGCCCCGUGAGCGGUGAACACGUUUGUAAAUUGA